CGAUGUGCCACUUAAGAGGCGGGCUCGGCGAGGAAAAGGGAAAGGAAAAGGAUUCAAUUGUGGGCGGAGAAUAAUGGGGUCGGCAUUUUUAUUGGUCCUCUCGCGGAGGAUGUGUGCAGGCGAUAAAAGAACGGACCCGUAGGGUUUGGGAAGUAGGUCUGCAACGAUCGGGGCGACGCAUUGAUCGUCGGAUGGACUGCCUGCCCGCUGAGCGAGGAAGAGGACGAGUGAUGGCGACGGGGACUUGGCAAGCGAGUAGUCGAUGAGCUGUGGCCUGACGACUCUUUCGUGGUCGGAAGCUGAGGGUUUAGGAUGUGAACAUUAGACCAGAGCGGCGUCGUCGCGCAGAGCUGCGGAUUGAUGAUACAGAGGUCGGAGGUUUUUCCUUGCGUGGCGAUCAGCAUGUUUGGUGGAUGUUUCCUGGGGGUGGAGCAUGUGGGAUGAGCAGAGCGGUCGUGGGACGAAUUCUGCGAUCAUGCGGAACGUAGACGACGAAUUUCGAGCUUUGUAGGUCGGGAUUACGGCAGUCUGCGAUUGAGAAGUAGAUUUGGCAUUCCGAGAGGAGCAAGGCGUUUGGUAUUGCUUCGAUGAGCGUCAAGGAGGGAGGGAAAGGGAGGCAUUUGCCUGGUCUUUCCGAUGAUAUUUUGGCGUCGAUCCUUUCGUUUUUGCCCUGGUAUGAAGUCCUGCGAUUGCGAAUCGUCUGUCAGAAAUGGAAUACACUGCUCCGAACGACGGGCUUCAGAAGGAAAUGGCGUGGGAGAAACUCUCAUCAAGCGCCGUUGUGUUUCACGCAGUUUGCCAAGGAGCAUGGAAUCAGCAUCUACAAUCCAGACAAUAACCGAUGGCAACUCUGCGUUAUGAACUUUCCUUCGUUCUACACAUUUACUCUGGACGAUGGAACUAGCUUUACAGCCACAGAUGUACGACUCAUGGGAGCAGCAGAAGGUCUCAUGCUGUUGCAGGUUUUGGUACCUCAAGGCUUGGUCUAUGGUGAGUAUGAUGAGCCGAAGAAUACCCACCGAGCUAGGUGCAUGAAGUAUCUCCUAUUUAUUAUGAACCCUGUGGACGCUUCUUUCAAGAAACAGGUUCCUCUCUUGCCUCAAUUACGACAUUAUGACACAAGUAGGCCAAUGGGAUUGGUAUGGAACGAGUCAUCUCACUCGCAUCGGAUUAUAGUUCACCAUCAUCCUCAGAGUCCAGAUUACACGUCUAUACAAGAAUGGGACGGUCCUAAACUAAGUACUUUCUACAGCUAUGACGUGCAAAGCAACGAGUGGGAUCAGGUCGCCAAAUGGCCGAAGGAGAGGCUCGAAAUACUCCAAGAUCCGCUGUUGACCGAAGGCGGAUUCUUCUGCUUGGGCAGCAAUCCUUUCUCAGGUUUGCCUCCCAGAUUUCGUGUAUAUAGCCAAGAUACUUCCUCACGUGACGAGACUGGUUGUUCUCCUGCGGAUCCCGCCGAGAGUUCUUCGAGCUCCAGCGUUCCUUUCUUGGUCACUGAUGAGAAAUUGCACCCAUCACCUCCGCAUCCUAUUUUCUUUCCAACUCUGCUCCAUCGACAGAAGGAAAUUCUGGUGGCAGGCGGCAGAAUUGGUUCCCACCCUUGGAGCGAUGAUGAGUUCCCACCCCUACAAGGUUUGCGGGAAUUUUGUGUGUGGAAAUUGAGUACUCCAGCCGUAGCCCUGAACGCAUCCGAAGAGGCUGAAGACGACGAGAAAGAUUCUCGUGUGGAAGGUCGGACCUCAAGGAAGAAAUGGGUGGAGAUUUGCAGGAUGCCGGAUCACAUUCUGGAGUCUCUCAACGCCAACCGACUCAACGAACAGUUCUACUGUGCUGUUGAUCGCGACUUCUUGUGUGUUGCCAGUUCGAGGCGCAACGGGGCUAUGUUCGACAUGCUCAACAAUUCAUGGUCCAUCUUUCCGCCCUGCGAGCGUGAAUCCUUGUCAAAUACUGCCGUGGAUGGGCAAGAUUUCAUUCUUAUGAUGCUCGAUAUGCAGAUGCUGGAUCUGUACAUAUGUGAGCCUAGAAUUGAUGUCAUUCUGUGAACAACUUACCAGACGACAUUGCACUUCGACGCUCUGCCACACUUUGCCACAAAACGUGAUUUUCUGUAUGAUUGAACAUCUUUCACUCCAACACGUGUUCAUGAUUCCGAAGGUGUUGCCCAACAACACGAUCUACGACUUUAUCGUGGAUACACCAUGUACAAAAUCCGUCACCAUCUCAUUCUCAGAGAUAGUCUCGUAGUAACUGAAGUUAUGGCAAACUCUCUUGUGCCCUUCUUUCGACCAAUUUUCACGCUACUUUAUGAUAAUAUGCAUCUCUUUGGAAGACGAUACUCGAUGGCUAAUGACUUUGCUGCGAUGCCCGGUGACGAGUGUUUUACCUUCGUAUGGCGAAGUCGUUGUGUAGAUAUGCAUAUAUUCAUUUCAUAGAUAUUCAAUAUCUCAUAUCUAGAUGUUCUACAUCGUCGUACAAGUGAUUCAAGAUGCAAUGUGAUGGUUUGUCAUUUUGGCUAGCCUAUAAUAACUCUCAUUCGAGACUCUAGAUCCGGAUUAGAUACGUGAUUAUGUGAGAUAUUAUCCGAAUGUAUUAAACUCAACUACUCUCUUUCCGGAAAUAUUGAAGUCGCCAUCAUUCUCCGUCUUGCAAGGUUAAAGACUAAUGAUAAAUUUUAAGAUCAUUUAGCUGAUUUAUGUACUUCG